AUGCCAGAAACUUGCCGCACUUCUGCCACAGAACGCCGAGCGCGGAAUUCAAAUGAAGCGAGGUGGAGGGAGAGUGCCCAAAGUGUUUGCGAUAAUAAACAACGAAUUGCUUGGAGCAGAUUUAAAUGCAACGAAUCGAAAAAAUUGAGACCAGCGACUUCCAAUCACAGCGAAAACUUUAAGAACGUGCCGUUUGACGAGCACUGCGAGGGUUCUAAGAACCGCUGUCGUUCACUGAGCAGUAGUGACUCCGCGGUCGAAACGAGUAAGGGCUGUUGCUGUCCGAGCCACUCGGAUAACUCGAAAUCGUGUUGGAAAACCAAGCGAAAACAGAUAAUUCGGCAAAGUUCACAUGCUUCCGGCUUAAACGAAAACGCUAGGACAACCACAGAGGCACCAGCGCAACCCGCAACAAAAACGGCAGCAUCAGCGACUACAUCACAAUUGGCAAUAUUUCGCGGCCGAUAUGCAAGCUGCAGCGAGCAUACGCUUCUAGCCGGUCCACGAGAUGUGCCACAGAAGAGCGGGCGUGUGUACAAAAAGACCUCGACAUCGCUGCCAACAACGCCGAACUUGAGUCAUUUGCGACGGCCGAAGCCGGUGCAAUACCAGAAGCUAUCGCUGGAGUCCGCGGAUAUCGAUGAUGUGAGACAGUUGACGCGUACGCCGAGACAGACGUAUGCAAACAGCCUGCAACAGCUGCAGAUUUCAACAAAGAAGUUGCAAAAUACGACGAGCGAAAGGGGCUACACGCUGUUGGGGCAACAGCACGACCAAGCGCACCAACCAGUACGAGAGCAACAGCAGCAGUCGCUGCCGCUGCAACAGCAAAUGAUCAUUGGCAAUGUACUGCCGGCAUUGGCAGUCCAUGGUGAUGGUACCAAUAAAAGGCGGCAUGUACUGGAAGUAGCGCAUACAAAGAAAAACGAAUUUAUAUAUGCGAAUAACGACAACAACAAUACUAACAACGAAAAUUUGAAUGAGAGCGCAUCAGUUGAGCAUCUUCCCACUUUGACGCCUACGGCAUCGUCGACAGCUAGCGAUUUGGCAACACAACCACUGAUCGAUCAAUAUGCCAGCAGCCAGCCGAACGAUCAGAAUGAUCAAAAUAAUGGCCACGCGCCCUUAUUAUUAUCGCGGCUGCCAUCUCACAUGCCACUGUCGGCUCCGCAAUGCUCAGUUAGCACAACGCCGGCAAUACAAACGACUCAACCCGCCAACUCGGCCAGCACGGCCAACACGGCCCACUCGACAGUUGUUGCCAAAAACACUCUGGCCUUUUGUGAGCACUGCUGUGCAGAAAGAACUAGCAUGGCUAGCGGUGAUUAUUCUCAGGGCGCAUACGCCGAGCGCACGCGAAAUUUCAGUGAUGAGGACUACGCGCGAUGUUAUCGCGAGAACACCGAUUCAGUCUCCGAUCUGUCGUCGUACCGAUUCGUUUCCGAUGAGGAUGAAGUAAGCGCGUGCAUCGCCGCUAACGAAACAGCUGUCACAGAGAAUAAUUCCAACAAUAAAACUAAACUUUACAAUAUCAAAAGAAACAACAGCAAUAAUAAUAACAACAACGUAGCACAAGACAGAAUAUUAGCCAAAAACUGUCGCAUUUUAUCUCCCGAACCGUCGCGCAAGCAAACGCACUCGCAUUCGUGUUCGUGUACGUCCCCGCCAACGUCGCCGCCGUUGUCGCCAUCAUUGUUGACAACAUUGUUGACACCCGCCGCCACACACACGACAAAAACAACAGCGUCGCGUCGUGCUUCCCCCGCCAUUUGUUGUUAUACAAUUGACAAACCCGUCAGCGUGCAUUAUAACGCGACUGUUUUGGAAUACGUACCAAAUGAAACAAAUACAUUCUUAGUAACACCUACGUCGGGGCAGAUAACCGCAACAGCUCAUCUGCCAAUUCGUGGCACUGACACUGCUAGGAGCGCCUAUACCUUACCGCCGGAAGCGCGCGACUCUAGCGAAUUCCCACGUCAGGAGGGUCUCCUAUCGACGUCUUUACCCAGCGAUUAUGGUAGUGUGAGGAGCGCUGCCAAUCACUUGCAGCACACGCCACAGUCGUCAACAAAAUAUAAGCCCCCGCCGCCAGAACCACCUCCCAAACCAAAGCACGAAGCAAGAACUAUCUAUCAGACAGCAAUUUAUUCGAGUUCAAGUGCGUCAGUACAAGACCAACUGGGUGUGUUGGAGACGCGAUUCCACAACGGCGAGCAGAUUUGUAGCAAUGGUCAAAAUAUCCAAAGUAAGGUAAAAAAGUUUGAACAUACAAGCGCCUUGAUUGAGCCACAAACGCAAAGAUCUUCAAGCUAUCUAUCGCCUUUUAUUCCCAAAAGCGUAGGAAAUUAUACGCUUAAUGAGGAUUCCAACAGAACCGAGGAACGUUGGUCACAAUCGUUGCGCUCUCUUGAACGCUCCGUUUCACCAGAGCACUGUGAGCUGUUGAGUUGCUUUGGAACGGUUAAAAAUACCCGAAGCGAGUCCGCAAACACCACAACGAAAAUAAAUAAGCACGACGAGCGACGAGCAGAUGACGCACGGCGAAGCAAAGAAAAUAGCCGCCACGGUGAAGACUGCUUAAAAAGGAAUAAUAGAGACAAUAACGACGACAAGGAAACGAAAUUUGUCGCGCGUAGCUUAAGCGAAAGCAGCUGUUCGGUGUCGGUGGCAACGUCGAUUGCCAAUGAAAAGUGUGCCAUCGAAAACAAAAAUAAUCAUCAGCAGCAGCAGCAACAAGUGCAAGCAUAUCCGCAGCAACCACGUCACCAACAAAAACAGUCACCCGUGCAACCACCAACACCACCGACACAUCACCAUAAUAAUAUUAAUAAUAAACGGCGUAAUUGUGGAGACUCUGAGCAAACUCAAGCGAGUGCAGCCAACGGGAAAAAAUCAGCGUCGACAAGUGUUAAUUCUGUCGCCACUGUAACUGACGGUGUGCUCGACGCGUCUGACACAUUUUACCCGCACACCGUGUUCAGUGCUGGCGGCAGCGCCUGUGGGGAGUGCAAUAACAACUACAACUGCAGGGCAAGGAGUCACGCGGAAUAUACGCGUUCGGUGCCCGCAGCAUCUGCAUAUCCUUUCACCGCAAGUUCGGAGUCGUCGUGCCAAAGUUCGCAAUCAUCAGUUGCCUACGUAACUUCGCCGUUACUGAAACACACGCUGCGCUACGAUAGUUACGGUCGUUUGAAGUCGGAACGCGUUUCGCGCCUUCCCACCAUCACCAGGUCACUAGCCAAUGGUCGCAAAGCGGCUAGUGAAACGCGUUUGCAUCGUGCAUAUCAAAAUGUCUCUACCACGUCUAAAUAUGACUUGCCCACAUCUUUGUCGGCCACCAAUAUUAAGCUAACACCGACUUUUUGUCGUAAAUUCAAUUAUUUUAGUGACAACUUCGAAAACUGUGUGGCCGAAUGUGAAGAAUUUGAGUCAGAAGUUGAAUCUACAGUUGUUGAAUGUGAGAACUCCCAGCAACAAAAGCGGGACACUAUUGAAGAAGUUGUGCAAAACCUUGUACCAGCUGACACCAAUUCCGGACAAAUAGAAGCAAAUACGACAGAUGUAUCUCAAUCGGCACCUGUGCGUAAUGUCACCAUUUGCCACGCGUUCGACAAAGAAUUGGACUUGAAUUUUACAAAGACAGUACCACCACAACAACAGAUCUAUAAAUCUUUUAGUGAUACUCAAAAUAACAAUAACAACAAUAUAACUGGGGGUAAAUCAAAACGUUUUUUUAGUGACUAUUCGCUGAAAUCGGACUUUGCCGAGUCAGACAGUAAUUUGCCGUGUCGGUGUUCUGUUAAGCAACUCGCAUCACUGACCGAAGCGAUAUCUCCCACUUCGCCAACGUCGCCGAUCUCAUUAAAGUCACCGAAAUCUUCUGGUGGUUUGAAUCAAAAGAAUUCACAAUCUCUGCCAAGUGUUCCACAGUCGAAUGGUAUACAAAGUCUAUUAUGGCUUAGUAGUGAGACCAUCGAAUCGUCGCGCGAGAAAUCUUUUGUCGACGAUUUGCAAUCGAAUUGUAGUGAUCAGACAACAAUCUUUCAUUUGGAUAACGAAUUUUCGCAUUCUGCUACAUCUUUGUCUUCGACUACACAAACCGCUACUGAGAGUGGUGGCAACACUCUACACAGACCUAUAGUGCUCAAACGCAUUCCAGCCAUACAAUCGUUUGGAUAUAGUCCAUCAAUCGAAACAAGCUCGCUGGGUGCUAAUGCGCCUGAAAACGACGAGAGGGAGAUUAAUAUGGAGAAGCGUAGAAAUACUUUGGAUCGUUUCCAACGUUUGGGUUUUGGUCGGAAGUCGACUCCAGCAUCGAGCGGUGCAUCAGCGGAUGGCAGUGGCUCGUCGCGAAAUCGAAAAUCGAACGAAAAAUCCGAAAGAUUAAGAGAACUAACUGAGCUACUGCGCGGAAAUAGAUCCUCGCCUACUCCACCACCUGUACCACCGCCACGUAAGCCCCGUAAUGGAUCACAUUCGGCGUCGAAUAGCUUGGAGCGGGCUGACACUCAAGGACAUGCGCCCGCAGUGAGGACUGCUUCUGCCGGCACCUACUCCAUUGAAAGUGUCGAGCCGCCAACGUCAUUCACGUCAAAUCGCAUUGAUGAUAUCAUGUUGAUGGACCAGGAGGAGGACCAAGGUGCAAACAAGACGAAAUCAGGUGUUGGUGAUUGUGCAAAACAAAUCAAUACUUCCUCGCUUGUGGCAUCAACAGCAGCAGGAGAAGAUGUAGGUAUGCCAACUGGAGCAGCAGCGGCACAAGCAUCAACAAACCGUUUAUACGAUACACUCAAACCAAAUACGAGUCUGUCGAAUUUCGAAUCGUUAAUGAGCAGAGAGAAAUCAAAGUCGCCGCCGCCGCGAUCUUUUGCUAACAUCGUUGCGAGUAGCGCUGUGAAUGCGGACGAUGCGCGACUGGCCGACAGUUCAAGUAUAGCUACGAAACUGGCGAGACCAGAAUCUCGCACGGUAAUCGGUUCAUAUACCCAAAAGGGUAUACCGUUUCGGUCGGCGUCGUUUUCACAAAUUGACCUUUCGUCUGGAAAGUACAAAAAGUCUUCGUGGAGCGCAUUGCGUGAUCGGUUGUGGCGUGACAAAGUUGUUGGCUCAGUUGAUUCAGCGACCAAUACGAAAAAGCCAAGUAACAGUGAAGAGGCGAGAAACUGCUUGACUCCUGCAGUACAAAUCGAAGGGAAAGUGAAGUCCGAACCCGAUUGGAUUUACAUUCCAUUGAAGAAGAAAUCCGAAAUGAGUAUUAAUUUAAACUACGGUCAGGAUGUGAAGAGUUUAGAAUCGCCAGACGUUAUACCGGAGGAAGACAUAUUUAAUACCGAUUUGGAACACGCAUCGACUACUACAGAAGACUGCAGUGCUGAAGUUUUACAGCACAACCUUGUUAUUGCGCACGCGAAAAUGGAAUCGUUGACAGAUACAAUACAAUCUGAAAAUGACUACACCAUUGAUGCGAAAGAAGUUGCGGUCUCUAUUGAACCAGUGCCGGCAGUUGUGGCGGCGGCGGAGGGCUUAGUUGAAAAAGCCGAAGUGAUUGAACAGCCGACCAUUCUAGAACCCAUUAUCGCCGAUGUUAUCGAACCAAAUGUAGCCACGUUAGUGGAAGAAAGAAUCGCGUUGGAAUCUCCGCCAGACAAUUUUCUGCAGACGGCUACUACUUGUCUAAUACCGGUGCCAGUGUAUGAAUGUGCUGCACAGGAUUGGCGCUUAGAGAACCCACCACAGGAGUGGGUGGAAGUGCAACCUGAAGAGUUUGGCAUUAUACCGGAAACAAUAGAGCCACUACACUCACUAAACGAUUGUGUGAAUGUGAAACCUAUACCAAAAACCGCGCAGGAGUAUCGUGUGGAAAAUGUACCGACGAUCUCAGUUAGCCGUUCCUCUGAAGAGGCAGAUGAUAAAUGUAUUUUGAGAAGAAAAGACACGUUCGACGAAGAAUUCAGUGAUCUCGUAGAGCGCCGUCAAGCUUCAAUAGAUACUGCAGAGCUUAGUAAACGCUAUAGCCAAGACGAUAUAGAUGUCGGAAAGGAAAAGCGAGCAUCAUUUGAUGCAAUCACUACACGACACAGUGCAGACGAACGUAAACGUAUCGAUAAGUCGAAACGAAGGAAGGGUAUGUACAUUGACAAUGCUGCGUGGAAUGAAGCUGAUAGUGUAGAGGCGCACAAUCGAGGUCUGGCACUGGACAUUUCAUUAGCAACCAACAUGAAUGUGAUUAAGCCGAAUACAUCGGAGGAUUGUGGUAUUAUGUAUAUCAAUAGUCCACCCACUGAUGAAAAUAGAACCCCAGGUUCGCUAUACUCACCCGAAAUAAAUACUCCCGAAUCUGAUAAACCACUAGUUUGGACAAAAGCUGAUCGGCUUACUAGUUUUAGCUUGCAAAGUUCCGAAGAGAAGGAUGAAUUACAGAGUGGGAGCCUUAGUGCGGGUAGUGGCAAUGCUGCAUUAGCUGGUCUUUCUCGCAACAAUAAAAGUUUUCCCUUUCUGCGCACAGAUUCGGUGUCUGACAACGAGAGCGAUCGAGGUACAUCGCAAAGUCGACAACGUGCCAGCCCCAGCCCCGUUCCAGGCGAUUACGAUUUCAAAAGAUUUUCUAAACGACCACUACGUGGACCAUAUGGUCAAAUGUUGGAGAAGGAAAUGAAAAAGCCUAAUAAAAUGCACUACGAGGAAAUUUUAGAAGACCUUCGGGAGUCCGAGAUCUCAUCGCAACCACGUCGCCCACGUGCCGCCUACGAUGACUCCAGCGCCCUUACAACGAACACAGCGCGUAACAUACCUCACCAUUCGAACUCGAUGCGAGUUCGCAAGUCGAACACAUACCUGCCCGUACCUGCUCACACGCGUGCUGCGUCCACACCUUCCAAAAUAGAAAAUGUGAAUAAAGACAGCGGAAUCGGCAGCUUGGAUAAGAUAAAUCCACAUGAAAAACGUUAUCAAAGCACUUUGGAUAACUCCGUGACCCGCGGUGAUAAGAAUUAUCUUGAUGCAGGUCAUCAUUAUGCCCAACAACAUCAUCAUCAGCGUGAAAUAAAACGCGCAGCCUCCGAGGCUCCGGUCCCGAAAAGCCAUCACAGCAAACGCAGCCAGUCUAUGAGUGGUGAGAAAACAGCCUCAGGCGGCAAUCACAUAGCACAUCAAGCGAAGCGAAGCCUCGAUGCGACCACUGGCGCAGGUGCCAAGACCAAAAGCGGCGCUGGUAAAAACACAACUGUGGUGCCGUCACAGGAGCUGCUGGCCGAGUUGCUGAAAGGCUCCAGCGAAAAGUUGAUAUCUGAGCAGAGGAAACAAAUGGCUGCGGACACACGUACACAUGUGGUGCAGGAGAUCUUACGCAAUGAACAGUCUUAUGUCGAGUCACUGCAAACAAUCGUCUCAAAAUAUUUUAAGGUACUCAAGUCUCCCGAACAUGCUGGCAUGAUCGAUACUCGCACCGUGGAUGAGAUAUUCUUUAUGGUACCCGACAUACUGGAAAUACACCAAAAAUUCCUGGCUGAGUUGAAAUCGCGUUGGGAUAGUUGGGAGGCAAACCAAAAAGUUGGCGAUGCUUUUCUGGAAACGUUUUCCAAGUUGGAAGUUUUGGAGGUGUACACAUCUUUUGUGAAUAACUGUAAUCGUGCCAAGAAUGCUAUCCGCUCUACGAAACAUCAGCGACCCUCGUUUGCGAAAUUCCUAGAAAUGACUGCACGUGAGCAUAAAGGCAAAUUAACCCUGGACAAUUUGCUCAUCAAACCGGUGCAGAAAUUUCCAAAUUACGAAAUGCUCUUUCAAAGACUCAUAAAACACACCGAUCGCGAUCAUCCCGACCAGAAACAUCUGCAGGAUGUGCUCAAGCUUGUUCACGAUAUACUUGUCCAUAUCAAUUGUAAAGAGCGUGAAAUUCUCGAAAAUGGUCAACGCGAGGCGACAUUGCGUGAACUUGAGGGCGUUAUCGAGGGCAUAACAGAUCUGAUAACAUCCGAUCGACAGUUUCUACUUUUCGAUUUGGUUUCGAUGCCAUCGGGUCAAGGGGCGCGUAAAGAGCGUGGCUUCUUUCUCUUUAAUGAUCUAUUAGUGUUGACGAGCAUCAAGAAACGCAGCGGCACAAUACGAAAACCCAACCCUUCUACCUGCCCAGGUACCGUGGCCUCAACACUGGAUACCAACAAAUAUAAGUUCCUUACCAAGAUCUCGCUGGAUUGCUUAGAAAUCGUGAAGACGAAAGAUGAAAAUGUGAAGCGCAUAAUGAACGAAAUCGAAAAUUUAGCCGAAGACUGUAAUAAGUUACAACAAAUCGCCGAUGUCACUGCAUCACUCAAGUAUCCACACCAGUAUCUGGAGGAUGUCAUACGUGAAUUACUGCGAGAUGUACAGCGUCAGCUAUCGGAGCGUCAGACCAAUGACACACAAUUGAAUAUGCUGGAUCUGCUGGUUAACUCACCGAAUGGAAGUCAGAAACUCUCGAUCGUCUUCAGCAAAGCUGAGAAACGCACACAGUGGGAGGAGACCUUCAAUGAAGCUAAACAGAAGUUGGCUGCCACUCUCGAGCGACAUCCCAUUCCAGAGUUUCUGAUGUCCAUACCGAUACGUAAAACCCGCGCUGGUUUACAGUUCACUUGUGCCGCAGCAACGCUCAGCGAAAAGCGAGACGUGUGGGUGUGCAACAGUGACGGCUAUGUGGGCCAAGUCUGCAUAAUGUCCCUCUACCCGGAACCGAACGUCACUAGCUGCAAUGGCGUCUGUAAUGCGCGCAUUCUUUGUGUAGCCUCCGUACCCGCCUACAAUUCGAGCAAUAGAAAUUCCACAGGCAGUGGAACGCAGCUGCAACAACAGGCACAACAAACGCUCCCACGCAGCGCCAGCACCACACCGCAGCACAGUUACACACAACAAUUGCGCGAUUAUCGCAAAAGCAUUUCUCCGAACUUCCAGCCGCCCACAAUGAUUGGUACACCGGAGAAGAAAAAAACGCCGUCGGUACCGACAGCUGGCGUGGUGAACCCCAUUGGCACCUGCGCUGGUAAGGACAGUGCAAAUGGUGACGCUAGCGGUGACAACCAACUGGAUUUGAAUCUCAGCUCCAGCGAUGACGAAACCGACACAGCUCUAGCGAACGCCAGCGGCUCUGUUGGCGGCACCGUCAACACUGACAGCGGCACAAUUGAACGCGUACCAAGUCCGGCGCCGUCAACACAGACAAUCGCCUCUAUGACAUUGCCGGGUAGCAGCAGCAGUGGCACGCCAUCGCACCACUCACAUCAAGACUCGAAUCCGGAUGAAGGAGAAGGCAAUUUAUCAACAAUGUGGAUCGGCACUGAAGACGGUUGCAUUCAUGUCUACAAUAGCACCGAUAAUAUACGCAUCAAGAAGAACCGCAUAAAGAUCGAACAUCAGUCGGCUGUGUAUUCCAUAUUGUACCUAGACAAUAGGGUUUUUGUCUCCCUAGCUAAUGGUGACAUUUGUGUUUACUUGCGUGAUGGUGUUGUCUGGAAUACCAGUUCGUCGCACUGUCUUUCAAUCGGUACUGUAACAAGUCCCGUUACGAAGUUGCUGAAUGUGCAUGGAAAACUAUGGUGCUCCAUACAAGGCAUCAUAAAGGUUUUAGAUACAGAGACUUUGUUGGUGGUAAACCAAAUACAAAUCUCAUCUGAUUCGAAACCUAUUACCAACAUGACGGUGUCGAAUAAUUACGUGUGGAUUUCGAUACAAAAUUCGGCACAUAUCAAGUGUUUUCAUUCCAUGAGCCAUCAGUUAAUAGCCGAAGUUAACUUAGCGCCAGCUGUGAAUAAAAUGCUCUCGAAUUGUGAUGAGAUUAUACGCCAGCACAAGGCCGCCUGUUUGCGUGUCACCUCGCUGCUGUCCUGCCGCGAUCUCAUUUGGAUUGGCACCAGUGCGGGCGUGUUGCUCACCAUACCAGCGCAAGGCUUCGAGAAGGGAGUACAAACUGUGGUGCCCACUGGCAUUCCACACGGCCACACCGGUCAUGUGCGUUUCCUGACAUUCGUAGAGACGAGUGGUCUCAGUGCAGAAGGCAGCGGCAGCAGUACAGGGUCCACGGGACGCGAUAACGACAGCGCUGUGAGCAGCAAUGAAUACAGGAGUCAUAGUUCCGCGAAGCAUAUGAAACCGAAAGCGGAAUCGAGUACCAUACUAGUGAUAUCCGGCGGUGAUGGCUACGAGGACUUCCGCAAUUCGGGUGCAAAUUCGUUAAGUGAAAUCGCCGGCCGCGAAGACAGCACCAAUCAUUUACUGAUAUGGCAAAUUUGAAGUAGGCGACGCAAGAACCGUUGGAAGGAAUUGCUUUCACGGUGGAAAAACAACAACUAGUGGUGGCAGCGUAGUCCGGGCGGAUACCGGCGAAAGCGUGGAAUCAAUCGACACACCAGCACGAGCAUCUAAAAUGCGACGUUGCAGCGACGAGCGAUUCUCACGAAACAGGUGCGAUUUUAUAUUGCGUAACAAGCUUCGCAGGAGCCGACCGUUCACUACACAAGGAUAAACACAACCCCCAAAACAAACACACAAAUAAACACACAAAUCGACGAAGUUGUUGGGUAAUGUGAAUGGACAAUUUAUAAUUUGCGAUUUCGAGAUAGAGAUUUUGUGAGAGAGUUUAAAUUUUUUACCUUUUUUGGCGGGAAAAGUGCGCGAAUGUGCGAAAAUGGAAAAUGUGAGAUCGGCAGAUUAUAGUUGCUGAGAAACUUACCUUGGCGUCUAUCAUUGGCGGCACUUUCGUCACGUGUGCCGAAUUCAAACGAUAACAAUUCGAAAAGCGAUCGUGCAAACCGCUUUUAUCAUUAGGAAAACCAAACAAUAUUUGAAAUCGUGUGUACCUUCAUACCUAUUUACAUUUUUAUAUAUGUAUAUGUAUGUGCAUGUACAUAUGUAUACAGGCAAAUGGUGAUUGUGAAGUGUUUAUUCACAAGAUUUGAGAAUUUGCCUAAAAUCGAAACCUCUUUGCUCCAUUCUAAACAGCUGUUUACAACAUACUCGUACAUAGCUGCAAUACAUACAUACAUACUUACUUACAAAUAAGGUUAAGAACAAUAUUCCUAUACAUAUAAAUAUAUUUACAUAUUACUUGCAUACAUACACACACAUAUUUUAAUUACAUUUAUAGACUAAAUUACCGCACACACUUUUAUAUGGAAGAACCGUUAAAUACUUGCGCACACGUGUGUACAUGCAAAAAAGGCAAAUAAAACACGAAAAAAACGGAAAUAAUAAAUUUUAUUGAACUGAAACUGAAUAAUGUGCCAAAAUGUGUUUCCUUUGCUAUAACAAUUGUAAAUUAUCAAAUUUCAAACAAUAUACAUAUGUAUAUGUAUAUACAGGCAUACACUAAUUUAUGUACAUAUAUAUGUAUCUAAACAAAAUGUUCAAUGGCGGCGCAUACAUACAUACGCAUAUUUGUAUGUAAUGGAUUUAGACAAAUCAGCUCGGACAGCUCCAACUUGUGGCGCUAGAGCGAGAAACUAUUUUCCUGAUUUAAAAAACAAAAACAAAAACAAAAACAAAAAUAGAAACAAAAACAAUCUUCUUUGUAUAUUAAGCAACUUAAAAACGUAGCAGAAUGUAUAAAAUAUAUAUGUACAUAUAUACUAUAUAGUACAUAAUAACUGUAUAAAUACUUCUUACAAACAAAUUGAUUGAGAACAAACAUACAUACCUAGAAAAUUAUAUUUAAUGGGCGCAACGGCAGAGUCCCGAAAAAAUAUAUUUGAACCGAUUGAACAAUAAUUAAAUAAAUCUACUAUUUAAGCACUAUUUACAAUAAACAUUAACUAAGCUGAAACUAAUAACAAAUUAUACUGGUAAUUGUUUAAAAUAAAAUAUUAAAUAAUUAUAUAAAUUAUAUUGAAGAUUAUCAUCAUUGAAGCUAUAAAGUUAAAGUUAAUAAAACUGUAAAAACAGAACUCUUACAAAAUUAAGUUUUCCAGGGAAAUGUUAUGUAUAGCAUAUAUAAGGAGUGUUAAGGAACUGAAGUUUCGAAACUCACAUGUGUGAUUCAGUGAGACAUUGCAAAGCAAGCUUGACUAAGCCGGGAGUGGUGUGGGAUACAUGAGAUUUCGAAAGCAAAAAUCAAAAGUAGUUGAAUUUUCUUUUAUAAAACUAAACUGAUAAGUGUUAGCCGCAAGUCUAAAUGUUUAAAGGUCGCCUCUUUGCCUGUAACCAGUGAAGGAUCGCGAUUUGUAACCCAAACCCAUUUUUCCACUAAUUAACUGAAUUCUUAAGGGGGCCGCAAUUUUCCACAGCUUUUGGAACUGAAAACCGAACCACUUUUUAUAAAGGUUAAGGGUCGGUGCAACAUUUUUACUAACUGUAAAUUUAACUUUAUACAAUACAUAUUCAUUUAGCUGAAUUGACGCCUGUUGCGGUGCUCGGAGAAAUAUAAUAAAAGAAUCUGCGAAAAGUUUCAUAAAUUCUGUGCCAAUGGGAUACUUUGAACUUCACGUUUGUCUGUACAUGCACACACACAAACACUUAAGCAUUCUCUAUUAAAUGCUGGGUUUCACUUAUAGUGUUCUAAAAUAAUUAUUUAAUCUUUUUUGUUGUUUGUUCAGAUUUGCAUUUAGUAAUUAAUUUGUGUUUUGUUGUGAGA